ACAGACGACGACACAACUUAGACAGACCGUCUACGUCGUUUGACUCUCGUCUUUCGGGAGCGUCGGGAAGACCUGAUUAUUGAAGACACUUCGAGUCACCCCCUAGGGAAGGCGGUGAGAUUAAGAGUACUGUGGCGGAUUUUGGUAAAUCUGUAGCAGCUAUGAAAGACUUCAUCGACGAGGCAAGAGUGAAGAAGGAGGAGAAGGAACGGAAGAAGCGUGAGAAGAAGGAGGCUGAAGCCCGCGAAGCCGAGGAACGUGAGCGGCAGGAGAGGAAGGCUAAGAAGAAGGCCGAAAAGUAUAAGAAGGAGCAGGAGUUGGAAGCACAGCAGCGGGAGGAACUGCGGAAGGAUAACAAUAUUCACCUGGCUAUUCGUAUGAGCGAGAUGGAGGAGAACUUCGCGAACAGGGUCGAUAGUGUAAUAGGCCCUAUUCGGGAGUUGAUCAAGCAGGGUAAGAAAAAAGUUACGUACGCAGCUACAAGUUUGCGGACCUCUUACGAAGAAAGUGAUACUAGUGUCACCCAGGAGUUGAAUGCGCAAACGGAGAGUUUGUGCAUCUCCGAGAAGAGGAAGAGAGGCCCUGAACCAGUUUUUGAAGAUAGUCCACCUAUGGUGCUGUCGCCAAAGCGUACACCGAAGCGUGGAGCGGUGAAGCCAACUAAACUAACUGGACGUUUGACCAGGGCGCGCACAGCGGUUAAGGCCCCUGGAUUCGUCAAAAGGAUGUCACCAAUCAAGACCCCUCUGUCGGAAAGAUUGAAGAAGGCAACUCCAAAAAGGACACCUGGAGAGACAUGCACGCCAGCCAGUAAAGGCGCUCUGCAACGCCUUCGUUUUCGAGAUUCUAUGAUGAAGGAGCUCAAGGACCUCGAUGCUACCGAGCUGCAGCGAAUCUGCAAGGAUGAGGGGGUUCCAUACGACGGUAAGAUUGAUGCAAUCUUCGCCAUAGCUGACAAUCACGCCAAGGAAAAGUUCGGCCUCGAUACUGUCGAUGCUAAUGAGGUAAUAGCUGUUGAUGAUAACGAUACGUGUGACUCACCUAGCGAACCGCGUGAUGAGUGAUGUGGGUUGGAGAUUCCGAUUUUAUGGAAGU